AUGGAGUUCAAGCAUACACCAAGGGCUCAAAAAGAGUUUGUUGAUGCUCUGGCUACUAUAACAUCCAUGAUACAACACCCUAAAAGCAGUUACAUUGACUUGCUAGAGAUAAGUCUAAGAGAAGAACAUGCCUACUUUUCCCAUGUGGAGGCCGAGCCCGAUGUCAAGACAUUUUAUGCUGACAUAAAGACAUACUUGGAAAAAAGGGAGUACCCCGAAAACACUACAAGCAAUAAGAAUAAAGCCAUCCAGAAAAUGGCCAAUGCGUUUUUCCUAUACAAAGAGAUACUCUACAAAAGAACACCGGAUAUUGGAUUACUCCGAUGCGUGGAUGCCACCGAAGCCAUGAAACUACUGGAAGAAGUGUACGUUGGAACUUGUGACCCUGCAGGAAUGGUUCUGUGCAAGCCAAGAAAAUCCUCCUAG